CCUAAAGUGGGUACUAGAUUGUCCCGCGAUACCAUUACCAUCUUAAGACGUUGGCUCUUUUCUCACCUUGAUCACCCAUAUCCCACCGAGGCAGACAAAAAGUCGCUGCAGUAUCAGACUGGGCUUAGCAGGACACAAGUAUCGAAUUGGCUGAGUAAUGCUAGACGGCGCGACAAAAUAUUCAUUCAGCAACGUUCCUCAUCCUCUGCGGAGAAACCCAGGAAAGAUGAUGUCGCAGGAGCAGUUGAAAUACCCCGGAGAUCAGGAACUCCAGCACCUUGGGACAGUCCUCGUUAUAAGACAGAUGACCCUCUGCAGCGCUGGGUGGAAUCUCCGCCCGAAGACGAACCGGCUGAUCUUACAGCGAUUGCAAAUGCUGCAGCCUCCAGCUCCAGAAAUUCACAAGACCUUGGAAAAGAUUGCUGUGUAUUUUGCGGUCACGUCGAACCUGAUCUCAAUCACAUUGACACACACAACCCAACAGCAUGUCAACAGCGAGAGUUCAAUCGAAAGGAUCAUUUGAAACAGCAUCUACGGCUCGUACACGACAGUCAGCUGCUCGACUGGUCAGAGAAACUAUGGAAAUCGGCACCGUUAGAAAUCCAAUCCCGAUGUGGGUUUUGCGACUCCACCUUGGAUACUUGGCCAGCUCGAGUCGACCACCUGGCCGAACACUUCAAGAUGGGAUCAGACAUAGCCGAUUGGAAGGGAGAUUGGGGCUUCAAUGAUUCGGUACUUACGGUGGUAGAGAAUGCUGUUCCGCCGUAUCUCAUUGAAUAUGAACGCAGUUCACCGUACCCUUAUCAAGCCAGCCGAUCGCCUCCCGAGUCCCCUCGAAACGCGUACGAACUUCUACGCUUGGAAUUAGAUCAUUUCAUGCGGCUAUUCUAUGAUAAAACUGGGAACAUGCCCAGCAACAAAGAUGUACAGCUUGAGGCUUGUCGCAUUAUCUUUGCCUCCGAAGUAUCCUCCAUGGAGCAAGAGCUUGGUAAACUUUCGGCAUCCUGGUUGCGCGACAUAGUCACGGCGGACAAAGACUUGACCCGGGAGGCUCGAUUCCGACCAGUACGAUCCAGAGCUGAAAGUCUGAUGUCAUAUUUGCACAUCAAAGGCAAACUGGGACCAUUUGAGAACUGUCCCUGCGAGCUGCAGUUGCUACAAUAUGUUGCCACUAGGAACUCACUACACCAAGGACUCAUCACCGACCAAGAGCUACAGAGUGAAGCUAUCCAGGUGCUUGUUCGACUUUCCAGCAGUUGGCAGGAAUGGGGUGUUUCCUCAACGGACUUCGUGACCAACUGGCUCAAUCAAAUGAUUAUCUCUUCUCCCACGUCUUGGCUUGAUGGAUUCAGGUCGAGGCAUAAUCUCCCUCGGCCCGCUGCGCCGAUUGAACCAUCUUUUGGAGGAAUGGAUGAUAUCUUUGAGCCUACAGCCACUGAGAAUCUUGGUGGAGUUCCCCUUUUCGACAUUAGCGGAGACUUUCACCACGGCAAACAACAGCCAGCAACUCUGUCCUUCGUACGCGACUACGCGUUCUUCAACGACGCGAACUUCGAAGAGCGUCUGAUCCAGGAACUCAGGCGCUGGGUUGCAUCAACCAUGUCGCCCAACAACCCCAAUUGCCACGUCCCGUCCGACGAGGAAAUCCAGCAUCAAGCUCGGUUUAUUGUUUUUGAAGAUGGCGAUCCUUGGAAUCAGACUUCUGCAGACCAUCCUCAGUGGUUAGAGAAUUUCAAGCGUACUGUGGGUAUAUAG